AGUGUCAGUCAAGACAAGUAAGUAUUGUCCACUGUGUGGUAUAGGACCAUAAAAAUCGCCAUGGCUCCGUCGGGAGUGAUUCUCAUAGGUUCAGGAGGAUUACUUGGACCAACAGCUUGACAGGCAACACAGUUUUCAACGAGGGUCUUUACUUUACCAUCCAUUCCAGGAUACCAUAUUUUUUCUCUCAAUAACGCCUUAGUCUAUUCCUUGGUGUCCGACAUGUCCGAGUUGCGUCGCACGGUCUUGUAGCGCUUUUGGUAUAACAAUUCUGCUCCCCUUGAGAAGAAGGUCUCCUGCUUUCGUUGCUAUUAGUUCUUCCGCGCACAUUUGAUAAGCUUUCAGUUCCACAUCCUUCUCCUCCCAUUUCCCCGAUUUCAAGCAUUCUAAAACUUUCCUUAGAAUGGUGUCCGACAAGGUGGCUUCCUUGAUUUCUUGAAGUGUCAUUGACUUCGGCACAGCAUUGUUAAUGAUGUAGUUCACAUAUUUAUCUGCAAUCUUUUCUUCGAUUGUAGUUUUUCGUUGAGUGGUGGUAGGAUGACGGCUCAGGUAAUCGGUUUUAUUAACUGUUUCUUUCUUGUAAAUCACACGGAAGUUAUACGGUUGCAGUCGUAGCAUCCAGCGUUCAAUACGAGCUGGGGGUUUUGAUCUUGGAUUAUUGAAGAUUGCUUCCAGAGCUUUGUGGUCAGUAUAAACAUCGAAUUCAGUACCCAGGAGAAACAGUCGGAAAUGUUCUAUCCCCCACACUAGGCUCAACCCUUCGAUGUCAGUCUGUGAAUAUCGACUUUCGACUGGAGACAGGGCUCUGCUUGCGUAGGAGAUAAUGCGAUACGACUCUCCUGACUUCUCACGUUGGGCUAUCCGGGCAAUAAGCAAGCUUCUCUUCUCGGUAUCAGAGUAUGCCAUGGUAGGGGCAUGUGUCAGUUUCUUUUUAAUCUGCUCAAAGGCUCUUUGGUGAGUGUGGUUCCAAGAGAAAGCAACACUUUUCUUUGUGAGAUCCCGCAAUGGUGUAGUAAUUACGGCGUACUCUGGAACAUACUCACGACACGUGUUCGCCAAUCCCAAGAAACUACGUACUUCGCUGGCAUUCUUUGGAGCGCUGACUCUGACUAAGUUGUCAAUUCUUGCUGGAUCUGGUCUUGUUCCAUUUGCCGUAAAAAUUAAACCAUAGAAAUUAAUCUCGUUGCGCAGGAAACUACACUUCUCAGGUUUCGCUUUUAAGUUGAGUUGAGCUAGUCGUUUCAAACAGUUCUCUAAUGAUUAGUCAUGUUGCUUUCGCGUUUUCCCGUGAACAAUGAUGUCAUCUGCAAUAUUCGUUACUCCACGAAUGUCACUAAGAUUUUGUUGCAAAAUGUUCUGAAAAAAUUCUGGCGCACUGUUCGUUCCGUAGUUCAGUCGUUUGUAGCGAAAUAGGCCUUCGUGCGUCGAGAAUGUAGUUAUGUACCGACUUUCUUCUUUCAAUUCCAGUUGAUGGUACGCCUGUUUGAGAUCAAUUUUUAAAAAAUAUUUUGAUCCAUUCAUUUCCGCACGGAAAUCAGAAAGCGUUGGCAUAAUGUGUCUUUCCCGCUUAAUCGCUCGGUUGGCUACUCUCAUGUCAACACAGAUUCGUGUUCCACCGUCCUUCUUCUUUGGAGUACACACAAUUGGCGAAAUCCACGGGGUAGGUUGGUCACAGACCUUUUCGAUCAUAUCUUACACAACCAAUUUCUGCAACGCCUUUGAUACGUCAUUGCGUAUAUGGUGUAGUAUACAACGCUGCGGUUGAACCACUGGUUUAAUAUUCUCAAUAAUAUGUAACCCGACUUGUUGAGUGCUCAAUUUCCCUUCACCAACGAAAACAGUUGCGUAUUUAUCAAUAAUCUUCUGGAUCUCUUGGUCUUCGCAUUUUGGCAUCGAUGCAUGAGGCAUUGGCUGCUGUUUAUCCGUGUUCUCCGUGUUUCCGGGCAGUAUGGGCUGAGAUUUUUUUUUAGAAACUUCCGGUUUCGGCGGCGUUUCAAGUUCCGUGACCUUGUUUACUAAUUGAAUUAAUGCCAAAUCUUGAGCGGUUUUCGCACUAAGUAGAUUUCCAGAGCCGCCUUCGACAACGUGAAUAACAGAAACAGUAUAACGUUUGUUCGAUUCCACCGUUGCCUGAAAUUCACCUUUAAGAGGUAGUGGUUUGGUUGAGGUAGUGGUUUGGUCUUAACAUAUUACGGAGUGUACAAUUACAAAACUUAAUAUAACACUUGCAGAACUAGUAUUUUUCGAUGCUGAAUUAAUAUAAACGAGUAUGUUUAUAACAUUCAGUAUACAUUUCAUAAUUUCCAGUCUUAAAUCCGUCUGACCGUGUAGCCAGUUGGUAGAGCGUCGAUCUAGUAAUUCUAAGGUCGGGGGUUCAAGACCCAGCCGCGGCAGACAAUAUCUUUCUGCUUGCGCUGGGUAUGGAAAUUAUGAAAUACACACUCGAGAACAUUUUCAACUUUAUUAAUGUUUCGGGGACAAGCCCUUUCUUCAGAAAAACAGUAUAUCAUCUCCGUCUUUUGCUUAAAUACUCUACGCAAAUGUUUGCAUGUACAUAAAUUAAUUAAACCUAUUCCCUUAAAUUAAGCCCACGUGACACAUAACUAUUAAGUUUCUCAAUCCAAAGCUCUCCCUCUCAGUGACGUCCGUGACCGCCAAUAACCUGCACUAAAUCAAUAACCUGCACUAAAAAAUCACAUAGACCCCCUAAAAGUGGGCAUACAAUUGUUGCCCACAAAUCUUUGUUAUUAUUAUAAUCGCAAUCAGAACUGUGUUAUAGUAUUCCCUACAUGUUGUAACCCACAGCUUUUACAACUAAUCAAAUACGCUAUACCCUCCGAGUAACAAUCGAAGCGAUGGUUAAUGGCACCAAUAAUGACAUUCUCACAGAUUUUACAUUCUUCUUUCCGCACUUAAACAUCCCUACUACCGUUUUCUCUUCCCUUCUCAAUUUAGAACGAACUAAUUAGUGGUCUUUAAGGUUUUAGACCGACGAAAACACACCAUUGGUGGUUCCGGCAUAAUACUUAAAAACCUUUCAGACCAACUUACAAUUACUUGUAAUUCCCUAAAGAUAUUAUAAAGAACCCUCAAUGCUGGAUGAUAAUCUAUCACAAAACAAUUCCUAUUACUAUACCGGCUUAACCCCUUCUUUCCGCAUUAACAAUUUAUUCCUUUUGACUUCUCUCACACUGCCAAACUGGUCAUCAAUUAUAACCAUGCAGUUUGGAAUUAUAACCCCUCUUCACCAAAAAACCUUUUAGCUCCCUUAGUUUUUCUUCAAGUAAGACAUUAACACUAAGCUUAUUUUAUGCUAAUUGACAUUUGCGUAAUAGACUAAAUUUUGAACUAAACAAGUCUAGACAAAAAUUUUAUCACAGCUUGAAGGAGCAUCACAAAAUUAGUAAUAUUCCAAAGUUUCGUUGCGAAAUGUUGUAAAAUGCGGAAAAUAUAGCCUUGCGAAAUUUGCAAUUUUCAGUCAUUUUAGAUUACAAACGGGAAAUUGACAGCCUCAAACCCUUCGAGGCUGUCAAUUUCCGGUUUGUAAUCUAAAAUGACUGAAAAUUGCAAAUUUCGCAAGGCUAUAUUUUCCGCAUUUUACAACAUUUUACAACGAAACUUUGGAAUAUUACUAAUUUUGUGAUGCUCUUUCAAGCUGUAAUGAAAUUUGUGUUGAGAUCAAAAUUUAGUCUAUUACGCAAAUGGUCAAUUAGUUAACACUUUAACGCUAUGGGCUUAUCCAUUUGACAAUUUGCAGCAAACCCACCUUAAUAUUAUGUUUAUCCACAAAUAGGACACUGCUGUCAAAGGACGUUUAAAGUGUCUACAGUGUUUGAUUAAAUUGAAAGUGGCAUCUUAGCAUUCACCGUGUAUCAUCUUUUGUGCAAUUGGGCACGGACCAACACCGCGGAAAAACGUCUGCGCAUGCGUCAACCUUACCUGUAAUAGUAUUGCGAACUUGAUGAGAAGCUGUUCCGAACGUUUCCGAAGGCUCAAAAUGGCGGUAAAAAGGAGUGACUUCAUUGUGCGUCUUUAUGGCCAGAUUUCGAGCGCAAAAAUAAACAUGUCAUUCUAAAAACUAGGAAUAAAUACAGCCAGAAGGUUCAAGAAAUUGUAUUGUACAAGAACAUGAACUAAAGGUGAUUGUUGACAAAUUUAUCGUCUGAAACAUUUUGUUUAUCAACUAAGCAACGACAAUUUCCGAAUUUUCGUUUGAGAUACAUUUCUUUAAAAAAAACUGUGUCGCCAAAUAUAAAAAAAUUUCGUGUUCACAAUAAUUAAACUUUAGGAUUUAUUCUACAAUUUGAGUGGGUUAAGAAGCUUAACUUUUCGAGAGUUUUCUUAACUUUUGAGUUUGAAUUUUUGUUUUGAAUAAUUUUGCAAAAAUUUUCGAAGUCGUGUCCGUUAAAAUCAACAAUUUUUUACAUGAAUUAUAUUUCAUUCCAUACUUUAAAUGCCAGGACGCUUUCAAUUAAUGUCUAGUCUACCCAUUUGCUAUAUUUUCUCGUUUGUUUUACUAAUUUUUAACAAAUUAAUAAGCAUGUUUUUGUUUUAGAAAUUGAUGUUCAAAUUCCCCGCCAUAUUUUCAUAAUUCGGUGCAUGCGCAGACAUUUUUCCGCGGUGUUGCACGGGCCUGGACGCCAGACUAUGACAGUAGCUUUUCUGCACUAUAAAAAUGCAGGCGAGCUAAAAAUGCGAUUUUAAAUAGUAAAAAAUAUUUUACUCUCAAAUAGGCUAUUAAUUUAACAACAGACAUAGUCGCAGCCUGUAAUUGUUUCAGUCACUGGUUCGUAUUUUUUUACUUCAGUAUGCUGAAACACAGUAUGCGCAUUAUUCUUCAAAAUUAAGAACGUUUAUUUGCCAGAAAAUGAGGAAGCAGAAUUUGACAAAAAAAUUUAUAAAUCGGAGCAUUUUUCGUUUACUACGUAUGAGGGGACACUACGCGUAAAUGUAAUUAAAGGGGACACCAUCCGCGGCUGGGGGGAGACUAUCCGCGGGGGGGGGGGCACUAUCCACUGUGACACCGAUGGGGUUUCGGAGUGGUCCUCUCCCAAAAGAAGAAUGUGUCUUCCCAAUAAGAGGCACUCCGCUAUGAAGAAGGUUUAGGAAAACUCUAUAGUUAGUUUCCUUACGUCCUUACCUUGGAGGCCAUUCAAGUUUCGUUUAAAAUCUAUUUGAAUAAAAUACAUUGAAUGUCAUGUUUACAUUCAAGAAUCAUUGGCUCUGAUGUUGUUUUAUAUUUUUACGCAAUUGCAGUUUCAGCACAUGAAUUAAAUUGAGUGAAUUUUGUGAGAAGUUUAUCAACUUUUUGCCUGAAUGUAAUCAAAACAUAUAUGGAAUGCAUCUUGUCUGGCUGAAUGAAAUCUUGGAAUUUUCCCCACAAACUUUCCCCUAAUCUUCAAUAUUUUUGCCAAUUUUCUGACGUUUUGCUCGAAACGCUUGCGAAAGUUUACGAACCGUUGUUGUCGCAAAAGUCAUGACGUGAGUGUUUUUGUUAAAAUCUUUGCAUGUACACGUAUAUCGUUCGCGUUCGAUAGAAUACAAGUCACAUUGAAUUUUAGCUGGCAGUUGAUCUUUUCAAAAGAAUAUAAUCGUACUCAGUCAAAAACAGGGAUCAGAAUUGAGAAUUUUUCACUUUAUAUGACACUGUAGUGGAAUGGUUCAAAUUCCCGAUUUAUAAUAACUUGGACAGCUAUUAUCUGGCUAAAGGCUUGCAUUGAUGUAUGUUUUAGUGCAGGAGAUAAUAUUACUGACAUGCAAACUGACCACUCGGCAGAUCUGUCAUGAAUCCACAAAUGCUCUCACUACUCUUCAGUGGUCAAUAUCCUAAUGGAAAUUAUCAGUCAAGUUAGAUGUUUGUAGACAUUUUUAUGUAUUAAUAGGUCGACGUUGAAGUUUUACAUCAGCAUUCGUUGCCCAAUGACGCUUACAUCGCAAGAUUACGCUUGAAUCAUGUACGCAUCAUUCGUUUAAGAAAUGGUGGGCGUAUCAAACACACUGUUGACCAAAACUUGGAAGAAAAGUUGUCUAAGCCAUUUCUCUUCCUUCAGGAUGUUAAAGGGAACAUCACACAAGUGUUUUUCCCCCAUCAUGAUCAACCAGAACUUGUUGGACUAAAGAAAGGUAAUUUAAUUGUAAUAUUUUUAUGACAGUUAUGUAAUGAAAAUUGUUGUAAUCCUUCGCAUUUGUACAAAACACAAGCAUUAUCUAUUCGUUCUUUGUACGUUUGCAUGGCGAUAAAAUAUAUAAUAGUUUUGUUUGUGGAAACACAUGCACGUAAAUUUAUUACUGCGAAGCUUUCGAUCCGUAAGCCUGGAUCGAAAGCUUUGCAGUAAUAAAUUUACGUGGUGUUUCCACAAACAAAACUAUUAUUAUCUAUUCGGUUAUCAUAUUUCUUAGGAAUUGUAAGCGCUCUCAAUUUGAAGAUUCAUCCAGAUCUUCAAAACAUCACAUACAGUACAGAAGAAGAAGACGAUUCUGGAAUUCAUCUUGCUUAUUAUAACGUCAACGAAAGAAAUUUCACCCACUUACAUUUAACAAAGAAGUGGGGCAGUGUUGAUUACCUGAAACAUGUGGAUGGGCGACCGGUGGAAGGAGAGCAACACAGCAAAAGUCAUUAUUAUACCUCUUUGGAAAUUCAAGACGGUGCGAUCAAAAGUGCGAAAAGAACGCAUUUUUCUUAUUUAUGGAGCGACGCGCCUUAUAAUCGACCUCUGAACAAACCGGAAUUUCAACAACAACCUAAUUUAGAGCUAAAAGCAUCUGGGGAAAGCCACCUUAACCUCCUUCGGUGUGUUAGUCCAACUAACAAGAGAAGCAAAAGGUCUUCAGAACAAUUGCAUUCGUUUUUGGAAAAUUUGAAACAAGAUACCUUGAGUUAUGAUGGUAUACAUCGCUUGAAAUGGUCUUCGAUUGGUGAUCCCGAUAAACCGAGCCGUUCAUUGUACGAGUUACUUCGAUGUUAUUCCGACCCUUCUGUCAAAGAAAGUGAACUAUCCGAAUGCAUCAGGGAGCUUCAUUACCUGGCGAAAAUUGAUGACGAGAUUUUUGAAAACAUUGUAAACUUGACGUUAGAACGGUCUCAUUUAAAUUUCUCCACAUGGUCAGGGCUAGUUGGGGCUAUUGUUGUCCGAGGAGAUUAUAAAACCCAGAAGAUUUUAAGCCGAGCAAUUUUAUCCGAGGAACCACGGCCACUUUUGGAUAGAGAACAUGCAAAGCUUCUGGAGGCGGUAUUCUUUAUUCCCGCAGGACCUUUGUACCCAGAACUGUUGCAAGCUCUGUUGUCUCUUCAUAAGAAUUCUAGUAAGAGCGAUGAGAUCACUGUUCGCGCCAUGUUAGUGACAUCAGGUUUAGUGCGCAAGUGUCACGACGCUGGUUACAAUAGAUCGCUGUCAGAAAGCAUUGCCCAACAUCUGCACCAAAAUUUCAAAACACAUCCAGCACGAUUCCAUGACGAAGAAAGCCAAUCACACGAUGAGUAUAUAUGGAGUCAUGUAUGUGCUUUCGGAAAUUUAGGUCACAUUUCGUCACUUAACUUGAUAACUAGAUAUCUGGACCAUGAUAGCUCCGGUAUUCGAUAUUUUGCAGUUUCGGCUUUGAGAAAACUCCCAACGCGGUACACUGAUCAUCAGUUACUACGCAUUCUUCGAAAUGACGAACACGUAACGGUUAAAGCAGGAGUGAUAGAGGUUUUCAUAGAACGGCGUCAGACCCUCACCAACGAAUUGCGCGAUGCUAUCGAAGAUGCUCUGUGGAUAUCUGAGGAAGGUGACGAACUAGAUUCUAAGAUUGUUGAAUUUCUAGAAAACCAUAACGAUAAAUCUCAUCACGUGAUAAAAAAAUUGCGAAAACGGAGAUCCAUUAUUCGGCGAAAGAAAAGGGCACUUAUCCCAGCAUUGAAGCCUAGAGAAUUUUCUUUAGGUGUACAAAAGGAAUGGCAAAAAUCAUUUGGUGGUGGUCAAGCUGGUGCGGAAACCAUUUUGCGAUUUGCGAACUACGUAAAACUAAAAAUCGGAAUUUUUGGUGGGAGUUUUGAAGUAAACUUGGAUAAUAUGGCACUGUUUCGGGCUCACGUGAUCAAGUGGAGUUUCGACAUAGUCAAUGGAAAAGCGGCAUUCAGGAUGGGUGCAGGAUUUAAAAAUGACAUCCCUAAAGACUUAGUUCACACAAUCGCAGACAAUGCUGACAGUAUUCUAGCCAAUAUUGAUGGAAUUUCAAGUAUUUUUACCCAGCAUAUUCAAAGAUUUCUCGACAAACUGAAGAAAUAUCUGCCAUUUAGUCUUGAUAGAUUCGUGAAGUUUAUUUCAGAAACAGUCGAAUUUCUUGCCCGUACAAUUCAAGUUACACGCUUUGGAAAUUUUUUUAAUGGAAUUGUGAUAAAUCUUCGAAGUGCGUGGCGUGCAAGUGAAUUUUGGUUAAGAAUUGGUAAUUUAGUCAAGAAACUUACCCUAAACCUUUCGAACAUAAAUCUGUCGGCAGGGUCCUUUGGAGGAGCAUUUAAUUUCCUCAACAAGCUUGUAGAUCUUUUCUCAAGACUAAGGUUUAGGCUUCCACGAAAUUUCCCGGUAAAUUUCAACAUAAAGAAAUUUUUGACACACAUCAAUAGGCCAUUUCACUCGACUAGUGAUGCCGUCGAGGAUUAUUUUAAAACUUUAGGUUUUAAUGUUCCGAAAAAUUUCUUUGAAAUGUUCCAUUUCAAUUUUGCACUUAACUUCAUUCCGACAUUGGACAAGUUUAAGAUUUUUGCGUUGCGUUUGGCACAUUUUGGAAACCGUUUCCUGGAAAUGCUUUCUGUUUUUCGAGAUAUGUUUAACAUCGAACUACCACGACUUUAUCUCCCGGAAUUCAAUCUGAAUGUGAACAGUAACAACGUUUUUAACAACAAAGAUUUUGACUUUGGUUUGCCUUUUGACUGGAGAAUAACAUUCAACUUUAAGACUGAUUUUUCGGGCCCUGACUUUGCAAAACUUACAAACUUAUUUCGCUUUUUAACUGAAGUUUUCCUAAGUUUAAGUAAUCCAAACAUAAAUUUUGAGCAAUUCUUUGUUGAAAUCCUGCCCGAAUUCAGAAUCAAGUUUGGGUCUAAAGAGCUAUUCGGUGAUGAAGACGUUUCCAACAUAGCACAAUGGUUUCAACUCGUUGUUAAAUCUUUCCACAAUCUUCUAAACCAUUUCGAUUCGAAACUGUUCGACCUUAGCAACACUGCCAAUUUUUUAGAUGAACUAUCAAAGAUCAUUGGCCACUUCUCAAAAGGAACACUCGCGAAUGUUUGCAAACUGCAAGACUUCAUGUUAAAAUCAGCGGGGAAGUUAGAAGUCUUUGGAGAAAACCUUGAGAAAGAUAUGAUUCUUGGAAUCAGAAAUGUUAGAAAUGAAGCCAAGCAGGCUAUUGGAGAAAUUAUUAACAUCACCUUGUUUGUGGAUGAAUUUAUUGACGAACUAAAGCAGACUGUAUCAAGUAAUGCGAAGACCUUUGUUGAGCAAUAUUUAACAGCACUGGAAGGCUCUUUGGAAAAUGUCGCGCAACUUGCAGAUAUCUCUGUAGCAUUCUCGUUGAAGUCAGCAGACAAAUUGAACGGACUUUGUCAUAAGACUACUAACAUAUCUGGUGACAUCUUGGAUCAAAUUCAGUCCGCAGCACAAAAUGCCGUUAGUGAAAUCGCUGACUUUGUCACCUCUAACUCGGAAGGACUUGCUAUUGUUAUUGAUCAAUUUAAAGUAGUUGUAAAGACGUUGGAAGAUUGGCACCAGGAAAAUUUAGCGAAGCACUUGGGUAAGGUUACAAUCGUCAGCCAAACCAUCGACGAGUUCUUAUCGUUAAUCAAAACCGAGAACAAAGUUUUCUCCGACAUUCAUAAUGUUUUCAAGAACAUAAACAAUGUCAUUCAACACCUGAAUAAUUUACCCGCGCAUGCCCAGAAAGCGUAUGAUUUUGCAGAUAACAUUCGAGACUUUGAAACAAAUGCGAAGCGCUGGGGAGUUGAAUUUGGGAAACUUAACAUCCGACAGCAAUUUAAUGUGAACUUUGACGAAAAGUUACGGAAACUUUGCAAUGAAUUUCAUUCAUUUGCCAAAGAUACCAUCAAACAAAUUCAGAACGACAAUCUAUUUAAAAUCUUCCGUGAAUUUGUUACAAAACAAACUGAUUUUUUUAUCUCGCAAUCUGUUAAGAAAUUAAAUUUUCUGAAAGUUCCGUUGGGAAAAGCGCGAAAAAAUCUAGAGGAAAUGUCAAACUCAGUUGAAGAAAUCGAAGCCUUUUUACUAGAAUUGCGACCUUUCUCUGAAAAUUUUUCGCCAGUGUUUCAAGAAAUCCGCCAGUUACCGAAUUGUUCGGACAUUUAUUCUACCUUUGAUAACAUAAUCACAAAUAGUGGAAAAAAAGCAGUAUCAUUCGGGAAACAGGCCUACAAAGAAUAUAGCACCAUGAAAUCUGAAAUGAAAGCGUUUUUGGAACUGUUGCCAGAUGAAUGGGAAAGUUUGAGUUUGCAAAAAUGUAUUUCUGGGGGAACGUGUCUGUCUAACUCAUUAAAAAAGCAAGGCCAAAGCGUUUCAAAUAAAAUGGAGAAACUUAAAAAGAAGUUCAAUGACUUUAACUUUGAGGAUAAACUGGAAACGUGCAAAGAUAGCGUGGAAGAAGUCUCACAAAUAUUCGAAAAAAUAGAGAAUAUUUCGAAAUUGGUCAAGGAAUUUUCAUUUAAGGAAGAGAUCCUAAAGAUUAGGGAUUUGUCUCAAAGAAUCACGGGCAAGUUUUUCGGUGAUGGCGAUGGGCAUGAAAGUCAAGUAAGUUGUAUACAUUGAUCUUUAUUUCUAAAACACCGCACUGCAGUAACACAAGCAUAGUGGCGACUUAUAUCUGCUUGAGUGUCACGUUUCCGCAUUGGUCAUUCGUUUUUAGUUUGGCGUUAUUUUCCAGUUUAGAGCAAUCACUUGCCAAAAUCAAAAUCAAAAUUGACAUUUUAGAACACACAGCGAUUAUUAGAUGUGAUACUAAACUGUCACAUCUAAUCGUCAGCACAUUUUAUUUUUCGUUACCUAGGUAAAAAAGCGUUCUGCUAUACAACCUACUACGAUUGCAAAAAACAUUGCUGAAUACACUAGAAAGGCCGACAAAACUCAAGAAAUGAUGAAGACAUUGGUCGAAGACAUUUUCAAUGGUUUGGAAAAAGUAUCUCGUCACAACAUUGAGCCUUUCCAGACAAAACUUGAAAAUGUGCGGCAACAACUUAACGUUUCAUUUCUGUUUGGAAAAAGUUCUGCCGUUAUAGGUCCAAUUCUACAACCACUUCAGUCAGUUGUUAAAAGUAUGACUGAUUUCAUCCAAACGUGCAAUAACGUCGUUGAUCCAUUAAAAGGUACGAUUUUAGACGUGCUUUUUAAAACAUCGGAUUUCACCGAAAUUUUUGAAGGAAAACUGAAACACUACGGUGAAACUGUAACAGAAGUGUCGGAAGAAGUGAGCAACCUCAUUGACAAAAUUACGUCAUUCCUCAAUACAGUACAGUUACGUCAAAAAGGAUUGGAUAUCCUGAAUUACAAGGAGUGGAAUCAGUAUCAACACUGUUCUGCUGAAGUUUGCCUAAGAUUAAUGCGACGAUCUUCAGCGCUCUAUCUUGGCACGAUAUUCUUGUGGAAAUAUCCGCACUUGGAUGAUUUAUCAUCGACAUCGUUGUCAAAAACUGGAAAGUGGCUUGCACCGGGUCUCUUUGAUGAUUACAAGAUUCGUGGUAUUGCUCAAUUGUCCGACAAUGAAAUGCUACUAGGAAUGCGAGGUGUCGCAGCUAAUGCAGAAAAAGCUUCAUUGUUAGCUGUUGUUGACAUAACAUCUUCAAAUAGCGAAAUCCUUAAAAUCGUUCAAUUGGAAAAGGAUGGUGUGCCUUUUCGGGGCGACAUGGGUGGUGUAGUGGUUGUCAAAUCGCUCAUUUGGAUAAGUAGUGGUAACAGUCUUUACGGUGUUCGCUUAUCGGAUAUUCGUAAUAGCAUGUCUUUAAAACGUCCUUCAACUAUUAGCAUUAGUAAGAUAAAAUAUCUUCAUUAUCAAGUCACAUCAAUUUCAUACGAUGACCGUGACAACAAAAUUUGGAUUUUGGAAGGCAAUAAGGCGCACAACCAUGACGUCGGUACGUUCGGAGGUAUAUUAGAAGAGAAAAAUUCUCUUGUUGUUACUGAGGAACACACACGUGGUUUUACAAUUGUGCGACAAUUUGGUAUCAAAUACGCAUGCGUCGCCAAAUGUUCUUUAAUUGCAGGUUAUCAGUGCAGAUUGGAAUUCCACAAAAUCGACGCGGGAGUUCUUGAUGAGUCAAGUAUUCUAAGAGUCGUUCGAACACCUACAGGUUUAGAGGCGAUUCAAACAGUCGACACAGAGCACGUCGUCGCAGCGUUUUCCAGCGCAACUUUCUCGGAAAAGGACAAAAUUCAACAAAUUGGGGGAGAUUUUGAAGACCGAUAUUUUAAGUUUAAUGUACCGGUUCUAAAAACAAAUUUUUCAAUAACCGAGAAUUGUCUUUACUUCAAAGUGGGUUGGAAUUGGUUAAUUCCUCGAAAACCUUUAUUUCCAUUUAAUGAAAUGAUAUGUGGUACCCGUAGAAAGCGACGUGCUCUAGAGAGAGCUUUGGAUGAGGACGUAUACACAGAUGAAUUGGAAAAACAUCAUAGAACCAGACGUCAAGCGACUGGAGGAGUGGCUUGUAUUUCGAACAUUGAAGGAAAACCUUUCACUGGUAAUUAUAAUUAAUUAAUUAUAUUAAUAUUAUUGAUUACCUUCAUUAUUAUUAAAUUCAAACAGGAUCCAUCAAGCGAUGCAACUGCGUCGUUUUGGCCAGUUGUUUUAUUAUAAUAAUUCAAAUUCUGUUUGUGAAAGCUGAUGAAAGGGUAAACUGAAUUCGGACAAAAUCAAAUUACUCAUACUUUGUCAUACUGGAUUUAUAGACUGCGUGAUUACCGUGAGAUAUAAAACUAAAGAAUCAGGUUAAAGAAAGUCGCGCUGGUUUUCUAUGAAAUAUUUUUAGGAUCAAAAUAUUUGAACUUGUAGAGGGAAAAAAGGGACUUUUGCAAAGUUAGAGGAAGCUGAAUUUUCAAGUUAAAAUGUUGAAAAUCUAGGGAGCCUCAAAACAGCAGGUCGCUAAUUUAAAUAAUAUUGAAAUGCAGAUGUUGGUCUGUUUGUUCGGAAUCAUAAACUUUGGUAUUUAUUCAUGAAUAGUAUGCCUUCGCGCUUUUCAUGUACUUGUUUUGCGCAUGCCCCAUGGAACCGCACUGCAGUAGUGCAGUACUAUAGUCUGGUUUAAUUGUAAAGCAUAAUAUUUGAACUUGUCAGUUAUGCCAGUUUGGAAGUUUUUGUCUAAAAGCUAAAGUCCCAAUUUUUUUCUUAAAACUUAAGUAAGUCGUUAAACUUGUAAUUUCCCAUUGAAUUUAAACUAUAUUUGGACUACUUUUUAACAGAUGUUUAUGUCUUUAUACAGGGUCCCUUCCAAUUGUCCCAAAAAUAGGCUUUACUGUUCCAGUAUUUGGUAUACCCGUGUACUUCUUCUUCGGAGCAGAUUUGUAUUACUACGCAAACUAUCGAAUAUCAUUGUGUUUACGGGACAGAGAAGUGCGUCUUGCUCUCAUACCUGGUGUGUGGCUCACUGUUUAUGCUGGGGCAAGUCUGCCAUUGAUAAUUGUAGAGGCGGGUAUUACCGUAGAGGCAAAAAUUUUGCAAACUUAUCUUAUCCCUGAACUUUCUGUACGUGUAGACAAAUGGCCAUUAAACGCUUGUAUCCAGCUAAAGAUGCAAAUGACCCCCCUGAGCAUACGCGUAUAUCUCUGGUAUCGUUUUAGACUUUGUCCUGAUAUAAGUUACGAACCGUGGUUUUCAAUAAGUAUCUCAUGGAAUUGGUGUGCAAAGAAAACAUUUGCUGAAUGGACGUGGUCAUUGCGAUCCAUUCAUAAAACUGUAUUCGACAAUUGUAAACGUGACAUCGACAAUACACGCCCUGGCGUAGGAGUAUGUAAUGCCAAGCAGGUCGGAAAUAAAAAGUACUUAAUUCAAUGGCAAGGUUUCACCGAAGAUACAAAAAUUGAGACUUAUAUUGUUACCAUUGGCUCAAUAUUUGGAUCUGGCGAUGACCAUUAUUCUAUACACGAAGAACGUCAGAGCCUUACGGUACCCAAUCUAGAAAUUAUGCAUGGCAGAUCUGUUUAUGUUGGUGUGUAUGCAAUUAAUGGUGGUGGUCUGAAAAGUGAUGUUGCCCACUGUCUGGUAUUUACUGCCAAACGCAGAUCACCCGUUAUAACUUUCAUCAACGACGGAGAUUCUUCGACCGACAUCGACUAUCAAACGGAUGCUACCAGUCUUUCGAUGAAAUAUGGCUUUGAGGGAACAUUUUCAGAUUUAUCGAGUAUUACAUGGGGAAUCUCAUCGUCAGGGAAAUGUACAUUUUCUGAAAGUGAAGCUGAUGUUCUUCCUUUGCAAAAUAUUGGUGAGAGUUACACUAUUAAGAAGACAGGGCUGAAUCUUAUAAGUGGAUCGAAGUAUUACACUCGGAUAAUUGUCGUCAAUCUGUUAGGGCUAGCUACAGUGGCUUGCAGUGAUGGUACAACUAUAGACACUACUCCACCAAUACCUCGUAAAUUCACAGUCGGAAAAAAUGGUGGUAAAUUUAUCCCUUCUGUUCGUCGAGUGUCCGGGAAAUUUGAACACUUUAUAGACAACGAAAGUCCAAUAGUUCACUACGAGUGGAAACUAAUUGACGAAUACACUGGGAAGGAUGUUACAUCAUUCACAACAAUACCGUUGACACAAAUGUCUCCAUUGCUCGAUGGCUUAAGUUUAACGUCUGGAGGAAAAUAUACCGCCGUACUGAAAGGCACAAAUGCCGCUGGCCUUCACGCAGUUGUUAACGUAUCCGGCAUUAUCCCUGACGAUACGAUUCCAGUGUGCGAGGGAUUACCACAUGAUGUGAUUGGUUUCAAUGAUGUUGAUGACAGAAAUUUUGUUUCCAGUCUUACUAAUCUCACAGCGAUGUUCUCGUGCUAUGAUGACGACAGCGGUAUCCAGUCGAUUCAAGCCGGCGUAGGAACUUAUCCGGGUGGAGAAGACGUCCACUCAUUCGUCGAUAUAACAGAUUUGGCACUGAAAGAGUCAGAAGAUCGCAAAACCACGUGGGUCACAUUUGUUAAUGUUAACAUAACAAAACGGAUCAGGUAUCACGUCACAGUGAAAGUUGAAGACAUGACAGGUUACCGAAGAACUAUUUCCUCUGACGGAAUACUCAUGGAUACAACAGCACCCACAGUUUUAUCGACUUAUAUCAGAGAUGGCCUUAAAGGGAUAGACAGAAAGUACAGCAAGGAAUUCGACGUUUUUCCGGCGCAUUGGGAAAACGCGUUUGCCGACACAGAAAGUGGAAUUGGUGAGUAUUUCGUAGGACUGGGAUCGAGUGCAGGUUUAGGUGACAAAUCAGCGUUCAGAAGUACCAAUUUGAGUACGAAAGCUUUACUUCGUGGUGACAGCCUCGAAAGUGGAAUGAAAUAUUAUGUUACAGUCGUUGCAUGCAACAGAGUAGGCAUAUGUGUGAAUGGCAGCAGUAAUGGAGCAAUAGUAGAUUUUAUUCCGCCACAUACCGGUUUGGUCACAGCUGGUCAGAAAGGACCACCACUGGAAAUAACAUGGAUUAACAAAGCAGCCUGGGCCCGAUGGCAGUGGUGUUCAGCAGAUAGAAGUGAACUUAGUGCCUCACCUGACACUUGCGACGCGUUAAGUUUCUAUGAUGAACAUUCAGGAAUCAGACGCUUUGGUUUAACCGUGCUUUCUUAUGACACGGCUAAAAUGCUGACACAGGUAAAGAUCGUAGGUCGUGUUGUUUCCGGAGGACUUCAUGUGGUGAUGCCAAACGGCGUGUUUUCUGUAGUUGUCAAGGCCGAAGAUCGUGCUGGAGGUAGCUCAAAUGCCAUAUCUAAAUCAUUUAUCAUUGAUACUACCCCUCCAAAGAUUGUCAAACUUUACCAUGGCAAGGAAAAUGAACAAAUUAUGUAUACUCGUGCGAAAGACUAUCUGUUCACGGCAUUUUUUGAAAUUACUGAAGACAUUUCGGACAUCGUUUCGUACAGUGUCGGCGUGUCUACGUUUCCCGAAGGAGAUGACCUUGUAUCCUUCACGAAGUAUGGGAUCAAUGUCGUGGCCAACAUCAUUUGCGUUAAUUGGACAUUAGCAGACACAAAAACCUUAAUAAAUGGACGGAAGUAUUAUAUAACAGUGAAAAGCACAAAUGCUGCAGGAUUAUUUCUGAUUAAUUCGUCGCCACCUUUAGUUUUUGACAACGAACCUCCACUGGUAUCUCUCGUUUUCGAUGGCUGGGGGAUUCAGGAUUCUCAAUACCAUCCAUUUCCGAAUAUUUACCGAAUGCAUUGGCAAGGAGUUUCCGAUAUUUCUGGAAUGAGGAAGUUAAAGUAUGCUUAA